CGCGGAGCUUCUUCUCAAUUGUCAAUCGUAGCGGAUCGGUACAUUUCUACGUGGCAACCCGGCCAUUGUCGAGGUUUCUUUCUCGGUUUCUGCUUCCGCGGACACGACACUGUAAGACCAGUUUGCUUCCCCUCGAUGCCAACAACUUGAAGCCUCCCAACAAGCUCAGAACAACGCAAAGCUGUCGACGUCCUUGGUGCGAUUUGUGUGUCGGUUGCGCCCUCUUGAAGACCCAUUGCUGGCGCCUUGAUUGGCUAGCAGUUGACGCUCUUCUUUCUUCCAGCCUUUUGCUGGUUCCCUUUGGUGAUCUUACUGGUUGAUGGAACUGCUUCUACAAUCUACUCAAGUUGAUUCGUUAGUUAGGUACUAGCUAGUACUGUACCAAUGCCUCGACAAUCGUAUAUGAUCAGUGGUGGAGGCGGCAGCCACGGGGGAAGUGGUGAUGAGAGGGGCUUUGAACGCCCUGCUUUGAAGAACUCAAAGAGUGCCUCGACCUACUCAACAACCAUGAGUCCCCGAGUGCAUCCGAAAUCCUCCUUCUCCAUGAGUGAAGCAGGGGGGCGACUGGGCAGUAACUCUGGGAGUUUGGGGUUCUUUAGGAGUCGUGGAGGCGAACUCCCACUGACCAAUCAACCACCUCCCGAAGAAAGCAACCACAAUAAUUCUAGUAGUAGUAGCAAUCGACACAAGAUGAGAGCUGCCGUGUCAGGAAGAGAAAGUGCUGGAGCGUUGCCUGACUGGUCACGGAAUGCCCCUUCUCCUUCUGACUCUUUCAAUAACAACAUUACUCCGUCACCGCGCAAGAGAACGGGUUCGGCGCACGAUCAACACUCGCUUCAUGGCUCGAAUCACCAUCCACACCAAUCAUCCUCCAUGACAAUGAUGGAACAUGGACAUGGAGAGUAUGACCACCAGUACGACCCAGUGGAAGAAGACCAUUACUCUUCUGGUAGUAGCAUCAGAAGAACGUCCAUCAAUGAACUGGAAUCCUCUCAGUCGACAGCACUCCGACAACGAAAACCCAUGGAAGGAGAAUACAUGUACCACUAUCAGCAGUAUUCCAACGGUAGUAGUAGUAGACACAACAACAACAACAGUCAGAGACAACAGCCCAAUCGAGCCAACUCCAACAACAGCACAGGCCUAAAGAACCGGCAUAGACUCAUCCGACUAGACAGCAAGACCAUGAGAACUCUGGUCCGAGUCAAUCUCACUCAGAUUCUGCAAAUGGCCAUUUUCCUUCUCGUCACGUUCCUGCUCUAUGACAGCCACCACAAGGGCAAUCUCAUUGCUGCCAGACUCAAAGAAUUCAAGUCAGAAGAAGCAAUGCUGUUUCUACAUUUACACAGAAUUGAACAACAAUCCAUUCAGUUACAUGAAGCACUACAAAGAUUCGACAGCACCAAAAGCAACAACAAUAACAACCAAAAUGCACCCAUUCCACCCACUAGUAAUGAAAACAACAUACCAAACAAGAGUCUAGCAAGGGACACUAACAAUAACAGACAACCACAGCAACAAGGACAACAACAGCAGGCACCCAACAUUGACUCGGCAUUGAUACAAAAACAGACUCAACAACUCAUGCAAAUGGAAGAGGAGCUCAGUCAUGAAGUAAGAACCCUACAAACGAGAAUCCAACACUCGGCUGUCAGAUCCAUCGUCCAUGAAUAUGGGGAAGGACCCGUCCAAGUCAUUUGGGAGGUGCUACUGGAUGGUGUCACGAGCAAGGUGUCCAUCCUUCUGUGGCAUGACACUCCACAUGCCGCAUGGACAUGGCUCGAGCAAAUCUCCAAAAAGCAAUGGGACGGAUCUCAAAUUCAUCUGGCAAACAACCGGAUCAUGAACGUGGGGUCCGUCUACACGGAUGUUUCGGAACAGUCGCGACUCGAUUUCAUUGAACGAUCACAGCAACGACACGAAGCAUGGACGGUAGGAUUGGCCGAACCUCAACAACAUGGCAGUUCUACUGGAACUGGCGGUGGACUACAAGUAUUCAUCAACCUACAAGACAACACGGAAUUCAGCAAGCACAAUGUUUGCAUUGGAAAAGUAUUUGAUGGAUUUGAUGUGCUGCACAAAAUGGUAGAGAAAUCCAGACAAAUGCAAGAAGCUGCUGGUGGAGGACAACAAGGGCUCGCACCCAUCACGAUUCGAACCGCAAGGGCUUCGCACUUGACCAAUCGGGAAACCAAGGGGUUGAUCUAAUGUAUCCAUACAUACAUACAUACAUACACUGUUUUCAUAACGUUCUUGCUGUGCUGUACACUACUUGCUUCUGCGUUGAUUAAAAUUGGGAACAGGGCUGGAUGGAACGAUCUGUUGCGGAACUGUACGGUACUGUAAUCAAACGCUACUCGAAUGGACUACGUAGUUUAACCUCCACUUCUAGCUAGGAGCAAUUUGGUGGCGGGCUUGUUUUCUGUUGUUCAUGUCAAGGGCUCCGUGCCCGCCCCGGUACACAGGUAGCACUCCUGGCUAGCUGCUUCUAGCUAGGUAUGCAUAGCUACGACAAUUAGCGACGCAACGAAGCUAGCCACACAUCUCUUCCUAGGCCCAGCGAAAGCUGCGGCUUGUCGUUUCCAGGUACCUGGUAAAGAACUAGGAGGCCUUUGCCCCGUACUGGUAUGGAUCGAGCUCCAAGAUGGGCCAGUCUUGGGUGGCAGUGGCCCAAUAAAAGAGCACCCUUCGAUCAGCAACUACACACUACGCUACGCUACGGUACGUCCUAUCCAAUGGUGAGAAGGAGGAGAUGGAGCUCAGGCAAGCAAAUAAAUGGGGCAAGUUGCUCUUCCUCAGGUUUUCAAAAAAAAAGGGUACGGACGGUGG